GGCUCCGGGGGCGGGGCUUCCUGAGAGCCGAACCGCGCCCCAGAGGGCUGGGGAAGACCGAGAAAUAGCAGGGGGUGGGACUAAGGGAUCAGCCAAAGGGCGGGGAGCCAGCCCCGCUAACCUCCGAGCUCAGGCCGUCGCUGUCCAGGGGACGUUUACUUUCCGCUCACGCCCGGCCCGGACCCCGCUCAUCCCCGACUCGGCUGAGGAAUGGGGCGGAGCCUGGACGGGGGCGGGGCCUUGCUGAGCGGAGAGGAGGGGCCUUGAGGAGGUCAGAGGUCGAGCGGAAGCUGUGGCUGCAUCCGGCGGCCGUCCUGAGGGGAGGCGAUGGCCAAACAUCACCCGGAUUUGAUCUUCUGUCGCAAGCAAGCCGGUGUUGCCAUCGGGAGGCUGUGUGAAAAAUGUGACGGCAAGUGUGUGAUCUGUGACUCCUAUGUGCGUCCCUGCACAUUGGUCCGAAUAUGUGAUGAAUGCAACUAUGGCUCCUACCAGGGGCGCUGUGUGAUCUGCGGGGGCCCUGGAGUGUCUGACGCCUAUUACUGCAAGGAAUGUACCAUCCAGGAGAAGGAUCGAGAUGGUUGCCCAAAGAUUGUCAACCUUGGGAGUUCCAAGACUGACCUUUUCUAUGAACGAAAGAAAUACGGCUUUAAGAAGAGGUGAUUGGCUUGACCCUCCCGGCUCCACCACCAUGUUGCCGCCCCAGCUCGAGAAGAUACCCCCACCACCCUCACCCCCAUGGAAAGGGGAAAAUGGGACCCAAGCAUCACUAGAUUUGCCGAUGACUACCUCCCCCUCUCUACCUUCACCCACCCUCCUCUCUCCCAGAAAUGUGGCAGAGGAAAGAAGAGGAUCCUGCCCUAGGGGAUAGUACCAGGAACAACUGGAAAUGGACUGGACCUUUCUUAUAUAUAAGAAGCUGGGACGCGGUCCCCUUCCCGCAGUGCUGUUUCUGCCCCAGUGGACGUGUGUCCAGUCUCUGGGAAGUUGCCUGUGAAACUCCAGCAAGCAGCAGCAGAGUGAGGAAUGUGGGCCUGCAGUCAGCUUCUCUGAGAACCACCCUCCUUAGAGCUGGCAGCAUUUUAGGUGGGGUGGGAAGUGCAGCACAGCAUUCCCAGUGGGCUGCCUCUGGGGUCAUGGGCACCCUUGUUCUCCUUUUCUCCCAGUGUCCUGUCCAAGGAAGAUGACCGAAGACCUUCUCUGUAGCUGUAGCAAGUUUUAAUAAAGUUGGUGUUCCUUUUCUA